AUGGCUCCAAGAACUAAAAGUGAAACCACACCAGAAUCUAAAAGUGGAGAUAGUACACAUGGAUCAAUUAGUUUGAAUGCUUCUCUUGGAAUACCUUUAACUAAUGCAUCAUCAACAACUUCUGGUUCAACAGAUUUUGUAAAGAAGUUAUUUUUAAUGUUGGAGGAAAAUGAUUAUGAUAAAAUUGUUAGAUGGACAACUAAAGGUGAUUCAUUUGUGGUGCUGGAUACCAAUGAAUUUACAAAAGAAAUAUUACCAAAGCAUUUUAAACAUUCAAAUUUUGCAAGUUUUGUUCGUCAAUUAAAUAAAUAUGAUUUCCAUAAAGUUAAAUUAUCAAAUGAAGAAAAACAAAUGAAUGAAUAUGGUGAUGGUGCUUGGGAAUUUAAACAUCCUGAUUUUAGAAAACAUGAUCGUGAAGCAUUAGAAACAAUCAAAAGAAAAGGUCCAGCUCAAAAAAGAUCAAGUGAAGAAACUAAUAGUAAUGAAACCAUUAAUAAAUUAGAAGAUACUGUAUCAAAAUUGAAAAAUGAUCAAAAAAAUCUUGCAGAUGAAUUAAAAUUAAUGAAUUCUAAAUAUACUACAGUUAUUGAAUCAAUUAUAACGUUGAAAAAUACAAAUGAUCGUUAUUUCAGAAGUAUAUCAAGUUUAGUAAAUUGUCUUGCUUCAAAUGGUAUAAAAUUACCUCAAUUGGACUUACCACCAAUUGAUUCACCGGUUUUACAACCACCACCAACUCAUGAAGCACAUCAUCAACAUCAACAAUUACUAGGCUUACCACAAGAGCAACAACAGCAACAGCAACAGCAACAGCAACAACAACCUCAGCAGCCUCAGCAGCCUCAACCACAUCAACCACAUCAACCAGCUACACAACAAAUCACACAAGAUACUGUUGAUCGUCCACCUUCACAAACACAAUCACCUCCAAAACCUUUAAGACCAGGUUUCCAUGUUUUAUUUGUUGAAGAUGAUGCUGUUUGUAUUCAAUUAUGUCAAAAAUUCUUACUUAAAUAUGGUUGUACAGUUCAAGUUGCAACAGAUGGUUUAACUGCAAUUUCAGCUUUAGAAAAUUCUAAAUAUGAUAUUGUUUUCAUGGAUAUUGUUAUGCCAAAUUUAGAUGGUGCAACUGCAACAUCAAUUGUUAGAAGUUUUGAUCCACAAACACCUAUCAUUGCAAUGACUGGUAAUAUUAAUGAACAAGAUCUUGUUUCAUAUUUACAACAUGGUAUGAAUGAUAUUUUAGCAAAACCUUUUACAAAAGAUGAUUUAUAUUUGAUGCUACAAAAAUAUUUAAGCACAAGGGUACCGCUUAUGUAUCAAACACAAGCUCAACAACAAGCUCAACAGCAGCAACAACAACAACAACAACAGCAGCAAUCACAACAACAACAACCUUCACAACCAAACCACAAUGAUAAUGAACCCUUUUUAAAAAAGCAAAAAGUCUGA